AUGUCAUCAUUCGCAAGUUCGACGUUUUUAUUGAUCGUGACUUUCAGCGACUACCUCUUUAAACUUCUUCUCAUUGGUGACUCUGGAGUUGGAAAAUCUUGCCUGCUUCUUCGAUUCGCCGAUGAUACUUACACCGAAUCCUACAUAUCCACCAUUGGAGUAGAUUUCAAGAUCCGUACUAUCGAACUGGACGGUAAAACUAUCAAGCUCCAGAUUUUUGUUAGAGAGAACAGAAUUUGCUUCCAGUGGGAUACAGCUGGUCAGGAACGUUUCCGCACCAUUACGUCGAGCUACUAUCGAGGUGCUCACGGAAUAAUUGUCGUCUAUGACAUCACUGACCAAGAGUCGUUCAAUAACGUGAAACAGUGGCUGCAGGAAAUCGACCGAUACGCUUGCGAAAAUGUUAAUAAGCUUUUGGUUGGAAACAAGUGUGAUCUAACCGCUAAGAGAGCUGUAGAAACCCAGGCUGCUAAGGAGUAUGCUGACCAACUCGGAAUACCGUUCCUGGAGACAUCGGCCAAGUCUUCAACAAAUGUUGAACAGGCGUUCUUGACAAUGGCAUCUGAGAUUAAGUCACGCAUGGGCCCUGUACAAGGAGCGGGUGGCGCUCCAGCUGUGCGCAUCACAGGUUCACAACCGGUGCAGGACAAGAAGACUGGUGGAUGCUGCUGA